AUGUCUGAAGGAGAAAUCGAAGUCGAGGCCGUUUCCGGCUACCAAGUGCUCCCAAAGGAGGUCACUGAGGAGAUUGGAAGCAUCAAGCUUUUCAACAAAUGGAGCUACGAGGAUGUUGAGAUCCGCGACAUCUCUUUGACCGAUUACAUUCAAAUCAGAGCCCCAGUCUACAUCUCCCACUCCGCCGGUCGUUAUGCGCAAAAGAGAUUCAGAAAGGCCAACUGCCCAAUCAUUGAGCGUCUUACCAACUCCUUGAUGAUGAACGGUCGCAACAACGGAAAGAAGCUCAUGGCUGUCCGCAUUGUUGCCCACGCCUUCGAGAUCAUCCACAUCAUGACCGACCAAAACCCAAUCCAAGUUGCCGUUGAUGCUAUCGUCAACUGCGGUCCCCGCGAAGAUUCCACCCGUAUCGGAUCCGCCGGUACCGUCCGUCGUCAAGCCGUCGAUGUCUCCCCUCUCCGCCGUGUCAACCAGGCCAUUGCUCUCCUUACCAUCGGUGCCCGUGAAGCUUCAUUCAGAAACGUCAAGUCCAUUGCUGAGUGCUUGGCUGAAGAAUUGAUCAACGCUGCUAAGGGAAGCAGCAACUCCUACGCCAUCAAGAAGAAGGAUGAGUUGGAGCGUGUCGCCAAGAGCAAUCGUUAA